GUCGAGACGACUUAUACGCGACUAAGCUGACGCAGUGGCGCACUCACGCGGGCCUUUGCUUGGGCAGCAUCGUUCCCACAGCAUAAGGUCAUUACUGUCCGCAGACCCAAAGUUUUGAACCCUUCCAUGGGAACCGUAGAGCUCGAGAAGCCCGGAGUGGGUCUCGUAUAAAUACGCCCUGUGGUCCGUGGUAAGGCCCCAGUUCCUCAUCUGUUCACCAGCUUCGCACGACAGGACCAAUCCCACUACCUCAUUCGAUGUCGCGAACCUUCCAGCCCCCUCCGCCUCCUCCGCCCCCGCAGCCGGCCAAUGAGCUAGGUCGCUACAGGCUCCUAUCGCCGUCGGCGGGCGUGCGUGUAUCGCCCCUAUGCCUAGGAGCGAUGUCUCUGGGUCAGGCUUGGUCGGGUAUGAUGGGUGGUGGAACGACUGAGGAGGAGGCUUUCAAGUUCCUUGACACGUUCUGGGAGAACGGUGGAAACUUCAUCGAUACCGCGAACAGCUACCAAAACCAGGAGAGCGAGAAGCUGGUCGGUGCAUGGGCGAAGGCCCGCGGAAUCCGUGACCAGUUGGUGAUCGCUACCAAGUAUACUAUUGGAUACAAGAAUGAAGAUCCGGAGAUCAAACUCAAGGUCAACUACCAAGGAAAUCAUCGCAAGAGUCUGGUCCUCUCGGUGGAGGACAGUCUCAAGAAGCUGCAGACGAACUACAUCGACUUGCUCUAUCUUCAUCUAUGGGACUACUCUACUUCGAUCCCAGAGAUCAUGCAAGCACUUGAUUCGCUCGUCAAAGCUAACAAGGUCCUUUAUCUCGGCAUUUCCGACACGCCUGCCUGGAUCGUAGUCAAAGCAAAUGAAUAUGCUCGCGCCCACGGGAUGGCACAGUUCGUUGUUUACCAAGGCUUGUGGUCCCUGACAACCCGAGACCUAGAGCGGGAGAUCCUGCCCAUGUGCCGUGCAGAGGGAAUGGGCAUCGCGCCGUGGGGCGUGCUUGGACAGGGAAAAUUCAAGACCGAAGCUGAGAUCAAGAGUCGGUCUGCGCUCCGAUACAACACUCCGCAGACAGCCGAGGAAAAGAGCGUGAGCGCAGUGCUCGAGAAGGUGGCCAACGAGGUAGGGAAUGGAGUGUCUCUGGGCGCAGUCGCCAUUGCGUGGGCGUUGCAGAAGAGCCCAUACGUGUUCCCUAUCGUCGGUGGACGGAACACUCAGCAGCUCGAAGAAGUCAUCAAGGCCCUCGAUAUCGUCCUCACUCCCGAGCAGAUGAAGUCGCUAGAGGAGGCUACGCCGUUUGUGCUCGGUUUCCCGUACUUGCCCCUCUUUGGGACGGAUCCCGCCCUCGGAGAUGGUCGGGGAAACUUCUUUGUUUCCUCCGCUGGCACCGUCAAAUUCGUCAAGGCCCCAGCCCCAAUUGUCCCCGGUCCUUGAGCGUAGUGGUCGAUCACCCUGGUACACAAGCACCAGUGUAUUUUCGCCAGUGUGUUGUCUGUUGACGUGUGUCUGCGUGUCGCGUAUUACCACCCCGCCUUGUAUUUGGUGUCAUCAGUGAUUGUAGUGCUGCGAUGUAUGCGCUGACUUGUAUCACAAGCGGAAAUAACGAAAUCCAGUCUCCAGUUACAACAUAGUGUAUGUUGC